AUGGCACAUCAUAAACACCUGUGUGGUAUCAAAAUAGGAUCUCUUGGACUGUUGGCUGUACUCUUCUAUCUCAUCGACAAAUCUUUAGCAGGUUUAGACGGUUAUGUUGCCGGCGAAGAUUACCCAGCGUAUACUGAAGUGCCAAAAGGAUUAACAUUCACAUGUGAUGACAAGUUACCUGGUUAUUAUGCUGACCCGGAGACCCAGUGUCAGGUGUGGCAUUGGUGUGUUCCCACCAUAGGUGCUAACAGGCUGUACUCCUUCAUCUGCGCACCAGGCACCGCCUUCAACCAGAGGACAAGAGUCUGUGAUUUCUUCUUCAAUGUUGACUGUCAGAACUCAGCAUCAUACUACUCCAUCAACGAAGACCUAUACAAGGACAAAGCUGGCAACUUUAUUAUUGGCAAAAAGUAG